UGAAGAUGAUGUUCUGAUCUUAUCUAGAUAGCCUGAGGCUGAGCAUUCAUCCAUGUCUUCUCCUUCAAAACCUUAUCCCUCCGAUUUCUAAACAAAACCCUACUCACACUUUCCUCUUUUGCUUAAAAAAUGGCAGCGAUUUUCUCUUGCCACUCCUGUUCUUCUCUCUUCACCAAUUCCAAAUCGUCUCUCUUCAACAACCAUAAACAUUCCAUUAACUACAUUCGUCUAUCACAUUCUCCCAACAAUGCUUCGAUUCGGCGAUUCCGACCUAUUUGUUCUUCGCAAAACCCUAAUCGACUUCAAUCUAGCGACAAACAGAUAGAUAGGUUUUCUGGGAUAAAAGAAUGUGUGUUAUCUGUAGCUUUGACAAUUGGAUUGAUAACCGGAGUGCCAUCGUUGAGCUACGCUAGUAACGCCGGUGAUGUUACUCCGGCGUUGCCGGAUGUAGCGGUGUUGAUAUCCGGACCUCCGAUCAAGGAUCCCGGAGCUUUACUGAGAUACGCUUUGCCGAUUGAUAAUAAAGCUAUCAGGGAGGUUCAGAAGCCUCUGGAAGACAUUACUGAUAGUCUUAAGGUUUCUGGAGUGAAGGCGCUUGAUUCAGUCGAAAGAAAUUUGAAGCAAGCUUCUAGGGCUCUAAAACAGGGGAAGAGCAUGAUUAUAGAAGGUUUAGCUGAAUCAAAAAAAGACCAUGGAAUUGAAUUGAUUGGAAAGCUAGAAGUUGGAAUGGAAGAGCUUCAAAAAAUCACAGAAGAUAGAAAACGAGAUGCUGUAAUACCUAAACAGAAAGAGCUUUUGCAGUAUGUUGGAGGUGUUGAAGAGGACAUGGUGAGCGCGUUCCCAUAUGAGAUCCCAGAAGAGUAUCAAAACAUGCCACUUUUGAAAGGAAGAGCAACCGUUGACAUGAAAGUCAAAGUCAAAGACAACCCUAACCUCGAAGAAUGUGUAUUCAGAAUUGUUCUUGAUGGCUAUAAUGCGCCUGUGACAGCUGGCAAUUUUGUAGAUUUGGUGGAAAGACACUUCUAUGAUGGCAUGGAAAUCCAACGAGCGGAUGGAUUUGUUGUUCAAACUGGAGAUCCGGAAGGUCCUGCCGAGGGUUUUAUUGAUCCGAGUACUGAGAAAACAAGGACAAUUCCUUUGGAAAUUAUGGUGGAAGGUGAAAAAGCUCCUGUUUAUGGAGCAACAUUGGAAGACAUUGGUCUCUACAAAGCUCAAACAAAGCUACCCUUCAAUGCAUUUGGAACCAUGGCAAUGGCUAGAGAGGAAUUUGAAAACAACUCGGGGUCAAGCCAAGUGUUUUGGCUAUUGAAAGAGAGUGAAUUGACACCAAGUAAUGCGAAUAUAUUGGAUGGAAGAUAUGCAGUGUUUGGAUAUGUGACAGAAAAUGAGGAUUUUUUGGCCGAUUUAAAAGUGGGAGAUGUGAUAGAAUCAGUUCAAGUGGUUGCAGGAUUGGAUAAUCUUGUUAAUCCGAGUUACAAGAUUGUUGGCUAAUUUAUUCAUUUUUCUUUAUUUUAUGAGGAUUGGUUUGGGAAGUAUGAGUGUAAUGGAUUACAUUUCAUUAUGAGGGAAUUGUUGUAAGGUGUAACAAUACUUAUAUUUAUUUAUGUUGUUUUCAUAAGUUAUGUAAUGAAUUCUUGUACAAGUUUUUGGAAUAAAAUUUGGUUGUAAUAAUGGUUGAGAUGA